AUGGAGGCUUUUUGGGAGCACAUUAAAACGCUAUAUUGGCCGUAUAUGGCUACUCUAGCUGCUAUUGUUCUGGCCGUUCGUCUCCUCUGUCGGCGACAGCAUCCAAUCCCCAUCGUUGGCAGUCCAAAUGAGCCUAAUUUUAUGGCUGCUUUGAAAGAAGGCGCACAACGGUAUCCCAACUCUUGCUUUCAGAUCCCAACCCGCGACAUCCCAACGGUGAUCGUGCCGCUCAAAGACCUCUCCACCAUUGCCUACGCGCCGGAACAUACCUUGAGCUUGGGCCGUGAGGUUUACGAACGUCUGAUGGGUAGAUACACGAGAAUGCCUAAGAGCCACCACUUGGCCGAGUUUGUGCGUGCCGGUCUAACCAAAAACGCUGUGAAGAGCGUGGCGCUGCUUCAAGCGGACGCCGAGUGGACCGUCUCUUCGCAACUGGGCCAGAUACCGCGUAUAUCUGUAUCGCAUAAUGGUCGCACUUAA